CCGUAGCAGUCAGAAGCAUCAAUCGCAUUAGCAGCAGCAGCUAGCAAAUCUCAGUCUUAUCAAAAUCCUCGUCGGAAUACACAUACUCUCCAUAGGAAUAGCCUCGGAAAAUUUACCGCCGGUCGAUUCGCUAGAAUUUUUGUAGUGCGUCUCAGUCGCGUUUUGGUAGUUGUCGAGAGUGUACUAUCCGCCAAGUGUACUAACGUCAGGAACUGGAACGAGUAUUCGUCAAGCCGUACCGAGUGUUGUUCGCUGCGAUAGUCGAUAGUCCUUUCUCCGUGUCAGUCCCGGUUUCUGCGCUUCGCCGUGGUCGAAUUCCCGUAGUGCUUGACGCAGUUGUAGUCGGGUUGACGUUCCUGCCAAUCAAUCACCGUUGACGUUGUGCAUCGUUGCAGUGCAGUGGACUAAAUCGCGACCUAUUCUAGUGAUCCCGACACACCAGCUUAGUUCUGUAGUUUGCUAGUUGCAUCACCAACAUCACCGGUUUGACACUUGACAAAAAAUCCGGAAAUUUGUUUACACACACUCACACCCCCGUUACACAACACUCGUCGCCAGGAUCCGCCGCCGUGCUAUCGUCGUCCAGAUAUUCAAGAGUUCGUUUCCCGGAUUCCGUGUUCGGUGGUAGUAGACCUCCCCCUCCCCCCUGAACGUAAAGAUAACGUGCAGCAAAACAGCAGUCCACUUCAGUGGUCCCGGCAGUGUGCGUGCAAAUCACGGUGUGCAUCAAGCGUUUGGGUGGUGGUAUUUUUGGAAGCAGUCGAGAGCCGAGAGCAAGUGCUGCUUUUUUUGUGUUUAAUUCCUGUGCUGGCGUUGCCUAUAAACUGGAAAAGCCAGACGCCGACCCCAGAAGAGUAGCGAUAAAUUUCAUCCGCGAUUGAGCGCAGCGCGCGGCUAAUUGAAUCAGCGGAAGUUCAUUCAAAAUUGAACGCUAUCACUCCGAACGGCCGAAGAUAUCUAUAAAUAAAUAUUCAAAACAAGUAUAAAUAAACCAUUAGAGUUUAAUUGAUAGUUUUCGAUUUUUCCCCAUCCGAGCAAGCGUCGUAUAGUCAGAUAAAAGUAAAAGCACUAUUUAGCCUGCGGUAGUAGAAUUUGUGUAUCGAAUCGGUGUAUUUACGUGAGUGUCAGUGUGCUUGAAAUCCAGCAUAGGAAGAAAAAAAACAAUAAUACCGGUAGCCGGUCUGGUAUUUUCAAGAAGUCGUUUGCCUACGAAUGAAUCCUCCAAGUGUGAGAGUGCCGUGAGAAGUUAAUAGUUGAAAAGGAAGUCUAACAGUCUUCAACAGUUAUCUCGAAUUCCCUCCGAAGCUGCUGUCCUGUCUUCUCGAGAGUCGUCGUCAAGCACGUGGUCCUGUCAAUACGCAAAAGAAAAAAUUCUAGAGCAGCUCUCGGUGGCGAUGCGUCUGUGAUUCAUUGUUAGUAAUAGAAAGAGAAGAAGAAGAAGCGAAGUGCUUAAAAGUUUUAGUCAAGCAAGAAGAAAAAAUAAAAGUUAGGCAAGUAGGCCGUAAUCUAAGUGCUCUGUGAUCUUCGAAUGUAUUGUCCAUUUCCCGAGAAAAAAAGUGUUUUUUCACUCGCAGAAUAGCAGAAUCCCCCGUGGCAAAGAAUUCGGCAGAUUCCGUGCAAGCGAAGUUUAAUACAGUGCUAGUCCAGGUUAAUUUGGAAGUUUAGCAAGUUUGUGUGCAAAUUCAGAAGCAUUUACGCCCCGUUGGAACAAGCAAUCACGCUGUGGAAGAUGGAGCAUCAGAAUCAGGAUCUCGGAGCGCACCAGUCCAGCAAUCAGGCGGAGGUGCCGAACGACCCAGGAAAAAUGUUCAUCGGUGGACUCAGUUGGCAGACAAGUCCAGAAAGCCUUAGGGAUUACUUUAGUAAAUUCGGAGAAAUCACAGAGGUGAUGGUGAUGAAGGACCCCACGACGCGAAGGUCGAGCUCAUCUGCGAUGGGAUUGGCUGAUUCCUCUGCUCCCCUGUACUCGAGACCAAGAGGGUUCGGCUUCAUCACAUUCGGGGAUCCUGCCAGCGUAGACAAAGUAUUAGCACAUGGUACACACGAAUUAGAUGGUAAAAAGAUCGACCCCAAAGUAGCAUUUCCUAGGAGAGCACAUCCAAAGAUGGUGACGAGAACGAAGAAAAUAUUUGUGGGUGGUUUAUCAGCGCCUACCACACUGGAGGACGUGAAAAGUUACUUCGAACAGUUCGGACCGAUUGAGGAUGCUAUGCUGAUGUUCGACAAACAGACCAACCGACACAGAGGUUUUGGAUUCGUCACAUUUCAGAGCGAAGACGUGGUGGAUAAAGUUUGCGAAAUUCACUUCCACGAAAUCAAUAACAAAAUGGUCGAAUGCAAAAAAGCCCAACCCAAAGAAGUGAUGCUUCCAGCCAACCUGGCGAAAACGCGCACCGCUGGACGUGGGACAUACGAUUUUAUGUGGUCGCUGGGGACUUUACCUGAUGGUUUUCCCGCCGCCGCAUACGCUGCGUACGCAGCCGGCCGUGGCUUCUCCGGCUAUCCGAGCUUCGGACUACCGUACCCCACAGUGGACAUCACAAAUGGACAGUUGACACCAAACAAUAACACCCCACUGCUAACACAGGCUCUAUCAGUGAUGAACAACUAUCAGGCGGCAGCGGCAGCAGCGGCGCAAGGCUACGGUACACCGGCAUCGCCGCACACGACAACCGCGCGGACCGCCGGCUUCACCAACACCAACUCGCCCGGACCGACGAUCGACAUGUACAGCUCGAGCGCGGCGGACAGCGUAGGAUACGUUCAGGCUACUAGCCCACAGCCAUCCGGAUUCCCCGCGAUCGCAGUAAGCCGUGCGCCCCUGAACUACAGCCCGGGACAACUAAUUCCAGCAGCGUUCACCAACGGCUACCAUUGAAAUAAACUAAGCAAUAUAUGAUCACCAUCUUCGCUAUUAUUUUGGAACGGGGUGUGAUUUCCAUUUGUCCCAGGCAUGUUCAGCACAGGCAGUAACAGAGCUAUACCCAAACAUUCAACCGACGAUUAAGCCAAAAUUCAACCACCAGUCAGCCAAAACUAAACAAAAAAAAGAAACAAGAAUUACACGCAACAGCAGCCGAAAUAGCAACAGCAGCAGCAAAGACCAAGUGAAAAAUGAAAGCAACCAUCGGACAGAACAAAUUUGGGCCAACAAAAAGUAGAAACACACACAAACAAACGUACACGUACACGUACCCAUACGCGAACAGACACGCGACAUGAAUUAGAAAAAGAGAUCGUUUUGCAACCGACAAGCAACAGCCUCCAACAGAUUCCCAGCAGGGGGUGAAACACACAAACACUCUCUGCGUGGAUCGCAUGCUGGUCCGAGCAUGUGUCAAAAUAAUUAUUGCACUGUAUCGUAGGUUAUGUAACUUUUUUGGGCGACGAUAAUUGUCAGCCAAUUUGCACACAGGGUGUUUCGUUUUUGUUAGCAAUAAUUUCACCAGCGAGAUAAAAAGUCGUUGGUGGAAAACAAUUUCCCACCAUGUUUGUAUGACAAAAAGAUGAACAAAAAAAAUAAUAAUUGGAGUAAAACACGGCGAACGGCGAUCAGGCCGUUGGGUCCGGGCGCUAGCAAAGUGCGGGUGAUUUUGUAAAGUGUGCAUGCGGGCGAAUGUUUUUGCUGUUGUCCAUCGCAGCAGGCUGGCUGGGCGGCAAAAGAGCGUUCGUCGAAUAUUAUUACCAACUAAAAAAAAACAACAUCAAUAAGUAUAGAGACAAAAAAAAAGACACAAAAUCACGAUCACACAAAGAAAUGAAUCGAAAAACAACCAGUAGCCCGCGUAGAACAUCCAACUACCACAUUCACAAGAGAUAAUAAUGCUAUCAGAAGAAAAACAAAAAAAAUAUUCUAUCAAAUAUACUAACAAACACACAGACACACGCAUAUUUUUAAGCAAACAAAACCGACAACAACAACCAGAAGAAACACAACACAAAGAAAGUGCAUCAUUGUUUAAGCUAUUGAAAAACUUAAAAUGUGGAAACUUGUUUCGGAAAAGUAAUAUUUGUUAUGCUCUUUAUAUUUACUUAAUUUUUAACAUUAAAUAAACAAAUUAUUGACUACACUGUAAGCAAAGCGGAUGGAAAACCGAAUUCUCUAAUAUUAAGUGACAACUAAGAACUUACAGAAAAUGUUUAAGCAAAACAUAAGGCAAAAAAAAAUACAAUGAGUGGAAGUGCAGCCCACUCACAAACCCACACACACACACACAUAUACAAUAAUUAAACCAAACUUAUUACGUUUCUGUUUUUUCUAUUGCUGCAAGCAAGCAUUCUAUUGAAAUAUGAUAUUUUUACUUUUUAACAGAAUUAAAAACAAUUGUGAAGGGAUACGCAAAGAAUGCGAAAACGAUGAAGAAAAAAAAAAGAUUGAAAGUCAAAGCUAGUGGUCAUAGGUAUAUAUAUUUAUUAAUAUGGACAGACAGGAAACGAAACGGAAGCUAACUUUUUACGCAAACAAGCGAUCGUUUUUAGCACUUAUUCCUACCUUUCUUUCGAUUGCAAGCAGAAAUAAAUGUACGAUACUCUACUGAAUUAAUCCUGUUGCAGCUAAACUAGAGCGGAAACAAAAGGGAAGCAAAACUGCGCAGCCCUUAUUUAACAGUGGCAGUGCUUCUCGUUUACUUAUGAUUAGUCGAUUUUUGUUUGGAGCUCCGCACCAGAAGAAGAAAAAAAAACAACAACAGUUAAUUACUCUCCGAACUUAGAAUAACAGAAAAAAAUGAUAAUAGUAAACAAACAACCCAAAACAAACAGCAGAAAUCACCGGCAAAUGGGAGAAGAGAUUUUGUGUACGAUAAAAAUAUAAGCGAAAGAAAGCGGAAAAAUGCAAUAAUAAUUGUUACUAAAAGUAAGACAGUAAGUAAACCAAAAAAAAAUGAGGCAAUGUGAGGCAAGAUUUACAUUUAUCACCAUACAGAAGAAGAAGAAGAAGUAGUAGUCGGAGAGUGGAACAGAAUUUGACCGGGACGCGAGGAGAAGUUAUGAACUUUGGAUAUUUUUUACACUGGAAGGUGAAAAACUAUCCGAGCGUGAGGGGGAGUUAAAUUCAAAUGAGAAUGUAAAUUAUUAUAAAUACAUGAAAUAUAUGAAUUAAAUAAAAGCGUAAUUCAAAGAAAGAAAAAAAACAAAAAACUUAGUUAAAUAUAAAUUAUAUUGAAAUUUAAAUUAAAUAAAUAAAAUAAUACAAAUAUUUAAAACAAAUACUAUGAUAAUAAAAUUAUUAUAAAUUAAUUUUUAUCAUUCAAAAGAACUCGUGAACAAACACUCGAGGGAAAAUGAACAACAACAACAAAAUUAUGAGAGCGCAAAACAACACAAUUUAAAUGUGCAGUGACAGAUUUAUGUGAGGAAAAUUAUUUCAAUUAAAACGAAUGUGAACCUUAAGCAAAAUUGUACGUGAAGGUGGCACAGAUUCACAAACACAAAAAAAAACACACACACUCACACAAAAAUCCAACAAACUGAACCAGCAAAGAAAGACAGGAACGUUGUUUCUCACACAAAAGAAGACGAAAGGAAACAAGAAUUUGAAUCUAGAAUUUUAGUAAACUGCAGCCCAAAUUUUCGUAAAAAGAAAAUAAGAGUAAAGAAAAAGAUGUUUUCACUUGCAUACACACAAGUUAUACAACAAGGGAAACAAAAGAUCACUUACACAACUGGGAAAAUCGUAUUUGAAGAAAAAAAAUGAAAGAAAAGUGACAAACAUACCCAGUUUAUUAUUGUGAAUUAUUAUUAAUUAUUACGGAGGCAAAUACGAUAAAUAAUACUGCAAAGGAUCGAACCACAAAUUGGAACUGCUAUCGACAACAGUGCAUCCUUCUGCUGCAGGAUAAAACCCAUACGGCAGAGAGAAUAACAACUGGAAAACAAAAGAGGAGAAUAAUAAUUAAUUAACACACAUCAAGAAAAA